AUGGACACUGGACUAAGAUACUGUAAAUUGGAGGCCUCCAUUUUUUGUGGGAAUAAAUGGGCUGAAAAAAUGAAGCAAGUCAUGCAGUUCUCAUGGGCUGCUUACUCUAAACCUACUCCAGCCUGCUGGAAAGAACUAUUGGUCCUCUUCCUGUUAUGUUCGAGUAUAUGUGCGAUCAGCAGUGGCCUGUUGCACAACUGGAUGUUUUCAUCUCUGAAGUACGGAGCAUUCUUGUGCAAUACGAUAACCUGUGUGUUCACGGGCACCAUGUUCCUGCUCCUCUUCCUGGCCCAUCCUGUACGUUGCGUGUUCACUAUGGUGAUCCCCACAUUAGGCACAAAACAAGGCCGUGAUUUGCUCCUUUCCGCGUGCUUCAUGCUUGUUGCCAUCAACAUAAUCCCCAAUAUUAUGGGAAAUAUCAAGAUUGUUCUCAAAGUAGUUCACUGUGUUGCUCUGACCUCAACCCAAAGCCUCCUGAACUUGACUAAUAUCAUAAGCGAGGUUAAAAAUGUGCUGGACGAAGAUCUAAUCACGCUGGUAGACAAAAUCUCAGCGAGCAACAUGGUUACAAGAUCGAAAGUGGAAUGGAACUUUAAUUCAAACAUCAACCAUUCAGCAAUCAAGACCCAUCUACAUGUUGUUGGCAAAGAAAUCCAAAGCAACUUUCUUAUGAUGCAGACCAUACUCAGCAAGAUCAAUUUGUACACCAACAGAGUACUUGCUGGCUUUGUUUUCUUCUAUCUGACCCUAACAUCAGCUUGGUACCUCAAGGGCUAUCUGACAAAUGUGCAGUUUGACAACGUGUAUAUAACUAGCAGGCUGGCUCAGUUGAUGCAGACAAGCAAGGGGGUGCCCAUACCUUGCCGGACCUCCAGUAAAAAACUAAUCAGAUCCACAGGGUUGAAGAUGUCCUCAGAUGAAACAGCCAGAUGUGUGAAACAAAUGGUGAUCAGCACAGCAUACUUAGCCCUGUCUGCAGUUAUCAUAGCAACAGAUUUUGUUGUCUUCAGACUUACCUCACAGAUCUUGCUUUGGAUUGCCGAUAUUCCGCCUGUACCGAUCACUUUGGAACUUACAUACAAUGUACGUAUGUUGGUAAUCCCUGGAGUAUCUGUGCCCUUAAUAAAUCGGCAAGCUUAUUUCCCCAGGAAUUUCAUCUUUAUGCCUGAUGGUUGCAUGUUCCAGCCAUCUCACCCAAACGUCGAAGUCAUCUGUAUUGUCUGCCUGCUCUACGCGAUUGCUUACACAACAGUAUUUUUGGAAACCUAUGCUUUGCGUGUACGAAGGAAAAUUUCUGCAACCUUCUUCGAGCAACGGGAAGAUGAAAGGAUCAACUAUCUCCACCAAAAGAUGCUGAGAGAUUCAGAACAUCAAUUUGAAAACAAAAUAGUUAUCUUCACUGUGUCAGAGCAAUGCAACGUGACCUUCGAAAAACAAUGCAAGAUGCAACUGUAA